GGGAGUGCUUCAAAAAUACAUACACCGACUCCACAGUCAUUUCCUCAUUGUGAAGACGGUUCAGCAUGGAGGAAUAUCCUUUCCCGAUCAUCGUAGAGGGAGACUGGCGACCUGAACACGCAAAAAGUGUAAAAAAGAAACUUCAGAUUUACUUUCAAAGUAAGAAGAAAUCUCAGGGAGGAGACUGCGUCGUGCAAUACGAUGAGAAGAGCAGCACUGCUACGAUUCAGUUUAAAUCACCCCACAUCAGAGAUGGUGUUCUCUCCAAAGCAGAACACGUUAUUACCAUUGAAAAAUACGAAGUCAAGUUGAAAGUGAGCAAACCAAGCGAUGAAGAGAAACAGCCAGACAGAAAAGAAAAGCCGACGGAGCAGGCAUGUGGAUAUGAGGAACCAAAUCAAAGUGCCCCUCAGACUGAGUUGGAUGUGGAGGACCCUCAGGAGUCAAGUGCUGUAGUCCUGGAGAAUGUUCCAGAUGAUGCUAAAAAAGAUUUCUUGGCUCUGUUUGUGGAGAACGUCAGUAAAAUUUCAGAGAAAGACUUCAGCAUGGAGUUAAUACCAGAAUUAAACACAGCAGUUGUUACCUUUAAUAAUUGUAGUGCUGCAGGAAAGUUCCUUGAGAAGAGCAGGACACAUAGAAAUUUCCAGCAGUAUAAUCUGAGGGCCCAUGCACUAGAGAGGAGCACAUGUGUGAGAGUGGAGGAUCUUCCAGCUGACGCCAGUAAGAUGCUGCUGGAACUGUAUUUUGAAAAAUGGGGUUGUCCACAAGAAGUUAUCACAGUUCCAUCAGAGAAAGCAGCCAUUAUAACCUUCAAGGAGGAAAAAGCCAAGGAUAAUGUUUUGAAGAAGGACCAUAACAUCUGCAAUGUUCCAGUCAAGAUAUAUCCAUAUUUUAAAUCACUGGGCACAGCAUUGUAUGGUAGCAACAGGCCGACAUGGAAGCUGCCUGAACCCAUCACAGUCAGUGUACAUCCUGCAAUCAGGGAGUUCCUCCUCAAGAAAGGACUGAUUUCCUCUAUAAGAGACCAGAUGAGCUCACAGUUCUGCCAAAUAAACAUGGACAAACCUGAAGUUCUGCUCAGUCCUGAUCCAUCAUUGCUGAAACAGAAAGGUGUAACCAAAAGACACAUUGAUGGCUGGAGUAAGAAUGCCUCAGAUGCCUUCAUGAAAAUUAUCUCCAACUACACAGCAUUUGAGUGGCCAGUAUUGAACACCUUGUGGACCAAAGUGGAGAGUGAUAUUAAGGAAGUGGUGAAUGAUCUUGUUUUUAUAGAUAUGGAUGCCUCUAAAGGAAUCCUAACACUGGCAGGUGUGGCCCAUGAUGUAAUUGGCCUGAAACACAUCAUGGAGAAAAUGAUAGAAAGAGCAACAACUCAAAUGGAGAGAGAGAGGAACAGUGUCACAGAAGACAUGGAUAUGUCCCCUGCUAUGUACUUUCUGCUUGUACAAGAUGGCAUGCAAGGUGCUACGACUGUUUCUCCACAACUGAACCUUGACUACAAAAAAGACCGGAACAGAUUGGUUUUAACAGGUCUUAAAAUGGAAAUUCUCACCUUCAAGAACGGGGUCCUUGAGAAGAAAUUAAAUAUGAAGCAGAAGCAUUUAAGGAUGGACCAUUCAAUCCUGGAAUUCUUGAAAUCAGUGGAUUGUGAUGAGAUGUCCAGAGAUCUGUUUAUAUCUCAUGGAAUAAGUGCUGUCUACACAGUUGAAAAUGGAAAUAUUCUUUUGUUUGCGAGUACAGACAGAGCACUUGCUGAUGCAGAGAAAAAGCUGGGGACAGUUCUUACAUUCAACAACCUCACUGUAGAAGAUCAGGGUGUCCUUGCAUUGCCACAGUGGCAGGAUCUCAAUAAAACACUGCAAAAUUCAUACAAUACUUCCAAAAAGAGGACUGUGCUGAUACAUUUUUCAACACAGAGAGACAAAGUAAUAGUGUCUGGAUUCAGAGAACCAGUGACAGAGGUCAGUGAAAACAUAGGACAUUUCAUUGAGAAACACUCUAGAAUUGAAGAUAUAGUUCGUGUCAAAUCACAUGCAGUGGUUGAAUUCAUAAAAGAUAGAAAAUCCCAGGAUUGGAAGAGUUUUCUUAAAUCUGAUAAGGUGAAAGUGCAUUUUGAUUCAAAGAGACCCUGUAUCAAACUGUCUGGAGAGCGUGCAUCUGUUCAACCAGCUAUGUCCUUCUUUGUAAAGAUGGCAGACACUCUCCACACUGAUACACUGAUCAUUAAGAAGGCAGGAGCAAAAAAGUACUUCAAGGAGCAAGGCAGAUUUAUGCUUUUAAUGAUUUUGAAGGAAAAAAGGUUUGUGGUGGUGCUCCAGGAAGAUCACAUGUUGGAAGAUAAGGAGGAUGAAUUUAGCGAAGGUAGUUCUGAAGAUUUUGGGCAGCUGUUUUGUGAGGUUCAGAUGCCAGGUAGUGUAACUGUUACAGUCAGAAAGGCAGACAUUUGCAAGUUAAAUGUUGAUGCUGUUGUCAAUGCUGCUAAUGAAAAUCUGAAGCACAUUGGUGGGGUUGCUUUAGCACUUCUCCAAGCUGCUGGACCACAUCUGCAGCAAUGUUGUGACCUAUAUAUUAAAGUAAAUGGAUGUCUAAAACCUGGAGAUGCCAUCAUCACUGAUGCUGGUCGACUUCCUUGUAAAUAUGUGGUGCAUGCUGUUGGACCCCGCUUUAGUGAUUCAGACAGACCUACUGCUGUGCAACGCCUAAGAUGUGCUGUGAGGGAAAGUUUGAACCAGGCUUCAGGCAAAAACUGCUCCUCCAUUGCAGUUCCUACAAUCAGCUCAGGUAUAUUUGGCUUUCCUCUUGAACUUUGCACUGAGACAAUCGCCAAGGAAGUGCAUGACUACAUCGAACACCAGAACCGCAGUGGCUCCAGGAACAGCCUGACUGAGAUUAAUUUGGUUGACAACAAUGACAUCACUGUGAAAGCCAUGGCUCAUGCUGUCAGAAAGGAGUUUGCUGCUUUUAGCCCUAAAAUGUCUUCCCCUCAUCAUCCCUCAUAUAAACAGCAUGGGAAUAGCAACCAUGGACACGGAGCUCAAGGCUAUCAUGGUCAUGGUAAUCAUGGACAUAGAAACCAAGACUUUGGCAGUCACAAUCAUGAACCAAAAUAUGAACGUGGUAAUAAAGACUUUGAAAGACAAGCAUAUGUUAGAGGAGAAACCACAGACUCCUUUUCUGGUGCCAGAUCAGAGAACUUUGAAGGUGCUCUCGUGACCAAAAAUACAAAAGAGGGGCUAAAAAUCACCUUGAGCAAAGGGAACAUCCAGGAUGCUUGUGCUGAUAUCAUUGUAAACACUGUAUCAGAAGACCUGGACCUUUGUAAAGGUGCUGUUUCAAGAUCAAUCCUUCAGACUGCUGGUCAUCAUCUUCAGUCAGAAGUCACUAGAUUUGCUCACUCAAAUAAUCCACAUUAUGGAGAUACAGUCAUCACUGAUGGCUAUAACCUGAAAUGUUCAAAAGUCUUUCAUGUGAUUUGCCCAUUUUGGAAUGGUGGACAUCGCUCAGAAGAUGAGGUACUAAUUCAGAUCAUUAGAGAUUGCCUGAGAAAAGCAGACACUAGGGGGAUGGCUUCAAUCUCCUUCCCAGCUAUAGGAACUGGGAACCUUGGCUUUCCUAAGGAUCUGGUGGCCAAGAUCAUGCUGAGUGAAGUCCAGCAAUUUAGUCCCCAGAACCUUCGAGAGGUAACUGUGAUUGUGCACCCUUCUGACAAGGAGAGUAUAGAGUGCUUUACCAGCAUCUUUAGACAUGGGAUUCAGGGUCCCAUCACAAAAGGAGGAAGUCGACAUUUCUUGCCUAAAGCAAAUUCUUUGGUCAGGCCAGCACAGACCUCUGAAGAGAGAAAGUCACAACAUGAGGUAGGACUGAUUGGCAAAGUCUCCACUCCCUCUCUUGGGGUUCACACAAUGAAUAUGGGUCAAGUGAUCCUAGAGGUUUCAUCAGGAGACAUAACUAAAGAAAAAACUGAUGCCAUUGUCAACUCCUCAAAUCAGACAUUUUCUCUGAAAGCAGGAGUUUCCAAGGCCAUUUUAGAUGCUGCUGGAUUACAAGUGGAACAGGAAUGUUUACAGAUUGUGAGUUCAUCAAACGUUCAGCAAACAGAGAUUGUGACCUCAGCUGGGCAGCUCCCAUGUGGAAACAUCAUUCAUAUUAUUGGACGUAAUAGUCCAGCUGACAUUAAGGAAGUUGUUUUGUCUGUUCUUAAGUUAUGUGAGGCACGCCAAUUUACCUCUGUUGCCUUUCCAGCUCUUGGCACAGGUCAAGGUGGUGCAAAUCCAGCUGAUGUUGCAGACGCAAUGGUUGAUGCAGUUGUUGACUUUGUCAAGAAAAAGAAAGUAGUGCAUGUAAAAUGUGUAAAGUUCCUUAUAUUCCAGACAAGCAUGGUAGCAAACUUCCAUCAAAGCAUGCUCAGAAGAUCUGGUGAGAGAGUUGAAGAGGAGAAAAGCCUGUUGGGCAAGAUUAAAGGCUUCUUUUUUGGGGAAAGUCCUGAAAAUCACACAAAUGAAGAGUUUGUGAUGGUGAGUGAGGAAAUUGAGCCAGUUGUGUUUCAGCUAUGUGGGGAGACACCAGAGGACUUGAGAAAUGCCAGGGAAAUUAUCAACAGCUUGAUAAUAAAGGAGCACCUAAACAUCCCCAUCCGGGAUCCUGCCAUCGCUCAUUUCAACAAAGAGGAUGUAGAACUGCUGAAUGCCAUGCGGAGGGAGCUUACAGUCAGUUUUAAACUUGAGAAGAAAGGCCAAGACUCUGUGAUUACUUUGGAGGGACUGACAAGAGAUGUACACACGGCAGAGAAUCGUAUUCGGGACAUGAUCCGUAAGGUGGAAAGGAAAGAAAACCGAAGACGUGAGGCAUUUAUGGUCAGCAGUGUGGUUGAAUGGCAAUAUCUGGAGCAUGGGCAGAACCUCAAACCCUUUGAUAUGCUCACCAAUUAUGACCUGGAAGAGGCUUCUCAGAACAGACAGCCUUCAGUGAAAAUCAAGAUUGAUAAUGAUGAAUAUGAUGUCAAUUUAGUUCGCCGAGUGGCCACAAGAGGGAAAAUGAGGAUUGAACUAAAGAGAGUAGAUCUGCAAGUUCAAAACACUUUGCCUUCACAUUGGGAGGACAUGAAAGGAAAGUCAGUUGUUCUGGUACAGCUCACGGCAAGCUCACAGGAAUAUGCAGUUGUGGAGAAAGAGUUCAAGAAAACUGGACUGACCAUCAUUAAAAUUGAAAGAGUCCAAAACAGCACACUUUGGAAGAACUACAUGAUCAAAAAGGAAGAACUGGAAGAUAAAAACAAGCACAAAAACAACGAGAAGCUUCUCUUCCAUGGCACGGGCCCUAAUACAACAGAUCAGAUCAACCAUCAUGGCUUCAAUCGCAGCUACGCUGGGUUAAAUGGAGCCAUGUAUGGGAAUGGUACAUAUUUUGCUGUUGAUCCAAGUUACUCAGCUCAAGGCUACUCUAAACCCGAUGUCAAUGGAGUCAAACGCAUGUACCUCGCCAGAGUGCUUGUCGGAGAUUUCACUCAAGGAAAACAAGGUCUUGCCAUUCCUCCUGCGAAGAGCUCAAACAGCGUUGAUCUUUAUAACAGUGUGACUGAUAACCCAAAAAACCCAAGCAUGUUUGUGAUCUUCAGUGAUGUACAGGCUUACCCAGAAUACAUAAUCACCUUCAAGUAAGGAUUCAGAUUUCUGUCAGUGAAUGUUUAAAGACUGUUUUAUUACACUGAUUAGAUGAAACUGAAAACACAGGUAUAUAUGUAAUAUAUGCUAGCAGGAAUUAUUAGGAAAUAAUCAUAACAAUGAAGGCUGUGGCAUAUUCUUCAUAUAUGACAAAAAAAAACUGUGAGAACACAAAAGGAAUCUCUACAUCUGUGCUGGAAUAUAAUCCUGAGAAAAACCUAGUCCUUAGCUAAAGACUGCUCAUCGUUCGCAUCAAAUUGUUCUCUUUCUAUGCCUUUGUAUAACUCUAAUCAUGCUCUGUUUUUAUCUUUCUAUAUUUUUAUAUUAUUCUGGCUAUAUUUACAUCUCAAAUUUACCAGAGGUUAUAAAAACAGUCAAAAACCUGUUACAUUUUAAUGGUUUAAUUAAUGUAAUGUUUGAAAUACCCCCAAACUGACUUGUGUAUUUUUUCUCUCUGUAAUUAAUGACUGUUGUCACUAAAUCCUAUCUGAAUGCAGGUGUACGGCAGUAAAUAUUCUUAUCCGACUUUGAACAUGAUGUUACAAUUAUUCUUUUCAUUUUUUAUUUUCUCCAAUGUGAUGCACAAACUUUUUCCAGUAAGUCAAUUAUUUGCCACUGCAUGAACUACAUUAGAACAAGUGAAAUUGCGGAUACUGUAUUGUGGGCUUACAAAACAUUAUAGGGGAGACAAGGGUAAGAUCAUCUGAAUAUUUCUCAGACACUUGGGGAAAAUGUAGUAGUCUAAAGAUAAGUGCUACGGGAAGCCAAGCCCAUGACAAUAUAAAGACACAGCGACCCUAUGCGGUUGCUGGUAACGUAAACAUAAAUCCCCACAGAAACCACUAAAAACGUUACACUCUUGAUGUGACAAAUAACAAUGUUAAAAGAUAGGUAGCACAGUUUGUCAGGCAGAAAAAGAAAAAAAACCUACAACCAGAGAAUGUUUAGCAGCCUUGCUGAAGCACCCUCAGAUCAACACCGA